GACGAUUCUCCAACGUGUAGAAUUCAUCAUUGAACUAAUAAUUUGCCUUUCUAUGUUAGUUGCAUAUAACAACCUAUGAACAGCUACAGAUAAAAAGUUAAAGAUUCCCAGGCAUGGCAAUCGGAGAAGAGAAUCAGCAGGUAGAGUGCAAGAAAGAUGAUGUUUUGGUUCCCCUACUUGAGGAGGAGGGGAAGAAGGGCUUCAAGAGUGAGAUUAAUGGAGGUUCGUUUCUGGGUUCAGUGUUCAACUUGUCAACCACCAUCGUCGGCGCCGGAAUCAUGGCGCUGCCGGCGACCAUGAAGGUUCUUGGGCUGGGACUUGGGAUUUCCAUCAUCAUUUUCAUGGCAGUUUUGGCGAAUUUCUCUAUAGACAUUCUUUUGAGGUUUAGUAGGGGUGGAGGGUCCAACUCCUAUGGAGGUGUUAUGGGUGAUGCUUUUGGGACUUGUGGAAGAAGAUUGCUUCAAGUUUGUGUGUUGAUCAAUAACAUUGGUAUUCUUGUUGUCUACAUGAUCAUCAUUGGUGAUGUGCUCUCUGGAACAACAUCAGAUGGGGUUCAUCAUCCUGGAGUCUUGGAGGGAUGGUUUGGAAAACAAUGGUGGACUGGACGUCACUUUGUUCUUCUUGCUAUUACUCUUAUAGUGUUUGCUCCAUUGGGGUUCUUCAAGCGUAUUGAUUCAUUGAGACACACAUCUGCAUUGGCAGUUGCACUUGCAGUUGUUUUCCUUGUCAUUACUGCAUCAAUCACCAUUUUCAAGUUAUUCACAGGCAGUAUUGAAAUGCCCAGAUUUCUUCCUGAUGUUACUGAUAUUAGUUCAGUCUGGAGACUCUUCACUGUAGUGCCAGUUAUUGUCACUGCAUAUAUCUGCCAUUUCAAUGUGCAUAGUAUUGAGAAUGAACUGAGAGACCCUUCUCAGAUGAGAUCAGUUGUGAGGACAUCUUUGUCUCUCUGCUCAAUCAUUUACAUUAUGACAAGCUUGUUUGGAUACCUUCUGUUUGGCGAUUCAACUCUGGACGAUGUGCUGGCCAACUUUGACUCUAACCUUGGCGUUCCUUACAGCAAUGUGCUGAAUGAUGCUGUUCGUGUCUCCUAUGCGCUUCACCUGAUGCUUGUUUUCCCCAUCUUGUUCUACCCUCUUCGCGUUAAUGUAGAUGGCCUCUUCUUUCCCUCUGCAAGGCCCUUGGAUUCAGAGAAAUGGCGCUUCGCAUUCAUUAACUUCACGCUCAUCUUUGUUGUCUUUUUACUUGCAAAUUUUAUUCCCAGCAUUUGGGAUGCAUUCCAGUUCAGUGGGGCAACUGCAGCUGUUUCCCUUGGGUUCAUUCUCCCUGCUGCCAUUGCAUUGAAGGAUGCUCCUGGCAUAGCCACAAAGACGGAUAAGAUCUUGUCAAUCUUCAUGAUAUUUUUGGCAGUGUCUUCAAAUGCAGUGGCCAUAUACAGCGAUGCCUGUGCUGUGUUCCAGAAAAAUGCAUCCCCAAAGGAGUGACUUUCCUGGUUAUCAUCAUAAGAAAUCAAGUAUGCUCGAAAUUUAGAGUGAUACAACAGAUGAGCAAGAUAAGAAGACGAUGUUUGGACUUUGGAAGCAAUCCAAAUCCUUCAUUUUCUGGGUUAAGUUGUAAAAUUUGCAGUGGAAUUAUACAUAUAUAUAUAGGAAGUGGGAAAAUAAGACUGCUUCAAUUCAUGCUACAAUACAACUCUUAAAAGUAGAAACCAGUCUUUUCCUAAUGGAAAACAGUAAACAUGUUUCUA